AUGGCGAUUCGAGGAGCUGAGGAAAUGGGUUCAGAAUUGGGGAAAGCCGCGGGCGAUACGGAGACACGAGGUGGCCGGGGGGAAGGCGGCCAGGAAGUGGCAGAUAGCGGUGGACCGCGGUGGACACAGCGAGACAGAGGGGAGUCUAGCGUCACGGCGAGCAGAAAAGACCAGUCAGUGGAUGAACGUCGCCGGGGAUGGCGAUGGGCCACGUUGGGCGAGGACGAGUUCUUACAGGUUGUGCUGACGGCAGAAUGGGGACGGAUGGCCGGGAUCAGAAGGAAAGUCAGAGACACUGGCCGGACAGUGACGCCGAUCGUCCGUCACCGCCUUGGACGCGGUGGAGCCGAUCUGAAUCUCGAACUUCUCCAGAUGCUUCUGGAUGCGGCGGGUUGCGGGAUGGCUUGGGCUGGCGUGGGUGAGAUCUCCAGUGCCCAUUUCUACUGGGCUCGCAUGGCAUGGGGGUGCGAUCGGCAUUCUGCAGGACCUCGACUCUCUCUGCUGGGUCCUGAUUCGUGCCAGCGACACAGUCCAAAUCUCGCAAGGGCUUUCUCCGUGACGAACCUCUCCCACCUCCCCCCCGGCCCUUUCAACCUUUCCAGCACGGGACUGCCAUCCAGAUACCGGGGAUCGCGGAAUGCAGCAGGGGCAACACCAUCGACCGUUCUCUUCGCAUCCUGGGCCAUUGUCCCAAACCCAAACAGGGAGCUCACGAUCCUUGGUCUGGCUCGCAACGGGUAA